AUGCCCGAUGAACGUCGAGUGCGCGUGAUCGCGAUCGUCUUAUCCAUAUCAAAUGGCGGAGCCACCCAUCCUCACCAUCCGAGAAUGGACCCCUCAGCGUACAGGUCGCUCACUACCAAGCGCGGUCUCAAGUACAACUACUUCGUCGUCCACGGCACCGACUCCGCGAAGCCCGCCCUCCUCUUUAUUCACGGCUUUCCAUCGACCUCCUAUGACUGGCGCCACCAAGUCCCGUUCUUCCGUGCGCACGGAUUCACGGUGAUCGUACCAGACAUGCUGGGAUACGGUGGCACGGACAAGCCGACAGAGGUUGAGAAGUACAAGUUCAGCGGGAUGGCGGCGGAUAUGAUUGACAUACUUGACGCGGAGAACGUCGCGCCCGGGAGGGCGGUCGCGAUUGGGCAUGACUGGGGCAGCGGGCUCACCUGCCGUAUCGCGAAUUACUACCCCGAACGCUUCCUCGGUUUUGCAUUUCUUUCGGUUGGCUACUCUCCGCCAUCGACCUCGGGGACAUUUACCCACUUCCUCGACCAUCUCAAAGGCCUCUUUGGCUAUGAGCUUUUCGGGUACUGGUUGUUCUUCUCCGAGGAAGGCGCAGAUAAGAUCAUAGAGGAACAUUGGGACUCGUUCAUCAAUAUCGUUUACCCGUCAGAUCCUGCAUACUGGCGCACGGACUUGGCGCCAGUCGGGGCGCUCAAAGCAUGGGUCCUCGCAGAUCGAGCGCUUCCGCCCGUAUCUUACCUCACGGAGGCUGACAAGAAGCACAUGAAGGAAAGCAUCCGCGACCUCGGCAUCGCGGGCCCGCUCAACUGGUACAAAGUGAUGACUUCCGGUCUCAGCGCCGAGGAUAACAAACAAAUUCCGCAGGAGCGCUACACUGUGCAGCAGCCGACGUUCUUCGGUGCUGCGAUGCGGGACUACGUCUGCGUGCCGGAGCUCUUCGCGAAGGCGCUGUGCCCCAACCUGACGUGGAGGGGCUUCGAUGCAGACCACUGGGUACAGCUGGCGCAGCCCGAUGAGCUUAAUCGCGAGUUGUUGGCGUGGAUCGAUGGGAUUAGGGAGGUGCAGCCUGCAAGGAUGUGA